AUGGUGGCGGCGGCCGGCCGGAGAGAGGAAAAAUGGCGAAGAGGAAGAGAGGAUCAUGGGAAGAGGCCUUAUAGGUCCCGGCGAAGAAUCUCCUCCCCCAAUUCCCGUCGUUGGAGCCGGCGCCGAGGGAUGACGUCGACGGGCGGUACCGGAUCUCCAUUUCCCAAGCAACUGCCUUCCGCCUGGGGAAGCCCGGGGCUGUGUUUGUUUCUGUCUUCUCUAUUGGAAGCAUUCGGGCACCUCUGUGGGGUGCGGGAACCGAAAGCCGAGGAUGGCUGUGUUCUGCCUCCCUCGAGAGGGACAUCAGCCACGGAGGAAUCUCAACAGAGAAAAACGUUCGUGUCAGUCCUGCUCCUGAACCAAUUUGAGAAGAGCUCAACUAGCACUCUAGAGAGAAAACGCCGGAGUCGCCACCGGAGGGAAGUCGCCUCCUCCGCCGCCACCUACGCCGCCAGAGUGGCCCGCCCACCCGUUCGCCCAUCCCCUUGCCCGUUCACCGUGCAGUCUGCUUCUGCGAAAUGGUACGAUCGAAGGGACUAUGUCUUCAUUGAAUUUUGUGUUGAAGACAGUAAAGAUGUUAAUGUAAACUUUGAAAUCAGUUGCCUUGGAGGAAGUGACAAUUUUAAACAUUUAAAUGAAAUCCAUCUUUUUCACUGUAUUGAUCCAAACGAUUCCAAGCAUAAAAGAACAGACGGAUCAAUUUUAUGUUUACGAAAAGGAGAAUCUGUCCAGUCCUGGCCUAGGUUAACAAAACAAAGAGCAAAGCUUAAUUGGCUCAGUGUGGAUUUCAAUAAUUGGAAAGAUUGGGAAGAUUCAGGUGAAGACAUGUCUAAUUUUGAUCGUUUCUCUGAGAUGAUGAACAACAUGGGUGGUGAUGAGGAUGUAGAUUUACCAGAAGUGGAUGGAGCAGAUGAUGAUUCACAAGACAGUGAUGAUCAAAAAAUGCCGGAUCUGGAAUAAGGAGUAUUAUCAUCACCUGGAUUUUGAGAACGACUAUUUCUCUGCAAGAUUUCAUAAUUGAAAAUUCCUGAGUUGAUAGCUGUAAAGGCAGAUGCUGUAUUUGCCUCUUUAACCCAUUUUUCAACUUGUUUUUUUUUUUAAAAGGCUUCACUAAGGGUUGAUAAUGUACCAUUGUAUGGGGCAACUUUAAGUCAGCUAAGGCAAUAUAUCCUUGUGCAUGAACAUUUCCCAGAUUUCAUGAAGCUGUUGAGGUCCUAGGCAAUUGACCACAGCAGUUGUGAUUUU